AUGGUCCCCCGGCGACGAGUAAGCCGCCGAUUCCUCGCAAUCGCCGCCAUCGCCGCCCUCUUCUUCCUCUACCACUUCACCUCCCUACAAUCCAACCUCACGCCACAAAAGACCAGAUUUCGGUACUCGGGGUCCCGGACAAACAGAUACAGCCACAAUGUCGACUCCAAAGAGCAGAACACCGGCGAACCCGAGCCUGUCUGUCCUCCACUUCCGGGCAUUGAAGAUGUCCUAGUCGUCAUGAAAACCGGCGUCACAGAAGCCCGCGAUAAAGUCCCCAUCCACUUUUCCACGACCUUCCGCUGCAUCCCGCACUAUGUGAUCUACUCCGACUUCGAAGAGGAGAUUGAAGGCGUCACGGUCCACGAUGCGCUCCGCACUAUGGACCGGGAUGUCACAGCGCAAGUCGAGGACUUCAACAUCUACAAUCGACUUAAGCAAUACGGACGCGAGGGUCUAGAACAAGGAGACUUCGCCGAUGAAGCCAAUUCCGCAAUUGGGAAACCGAAUAACCCAGGGUGGAAAUUGGAUAAAUGGAAGUUCCUGCCAAUGGCGCAAGAAGCAUACGCAUACAAGCCUGAUGCGAAAUGGUUUGUCUUCAUGGAGGCUGAUACCUAUAUGUCCUGGCCGACACUGCUAGCCUGGCUUGAACACUUCGAUCCCAAGAAACCCGUCUACCUGGGCACCGAGACACAGAUCGCGGAGACGAUCUUCGCGCACGGAGGCUCGGGCUUUAUGCUUUCGAACCCGGCGUUGAAGGCUGCGUCGGAUGAGUAUGAGCGCAGACGGGCUGAUUUGGAUGAUUAUACAAAUGGGCAUUGGGCGGGUGAUUGUGUGUUAGGACGGGUUCUUGCAGAUCUCGGGAUCAAUCUACACUUCUCCUGGCCGAUCUUGCAGAACUCGAACCUGGGGGAGUUGGAUGAAUUUACGACGGAUCUGUAUCGGUUGCCUUGGUGUUUCAUUGCUGUCGCGUUUCAUCACCUUUCAUCAAAUGAGAUUGAAAAGCUGUGGAAAUUUGAGCAGAACCGUUGGCACGAUAAAAACAAACACAUCCUCCUUCAUAGUGAUGUCUUCCGUGAAUGGCUCUACCCCGAAAUGGCUACCCAGCCUACAAGAUUGAACUGGGAUAACUUUUCGGAUGAAGAGCAGCCUUUUGCUACGACCUUUGAAGACUGUCGUGAGGUCUGCGAAGUCUCGAAAAAAUGUGUACAGUUCUCUUUCCGGGACGGUACCUGUUUCACGGGCCAUAGACCCCGUCUUGGUGUCUCGCAGACUAGCGGUAGUGUUGCUUCCGGAUGGCUGCCAAGUCGCAUCCAGGAGAUGAUGGAUGCUAGUGGGAUUUGUCGGGCUCCUGACUAUGGUGAAUAA